AUGCGUCGGUCGUACCAACAUGUCACGCCAUGGCACCGUUCUCGCGCAUGCAGCUCAGGUGUCAGCCCCGUCGCCACGCACCCACCCGACGUGGCAGCCCGCCAUGGCCUGCGCACACACUGCCGCUCUCUAUAUAGCCCGACAUCUUACCAGGGCGCCACACCACCGUCGACCUCCGCCGCUUUAGCUACUGAACUCGCCAUGUACACGGCCACGGCGUCGCCGCGCGCGCACCGGCAGCAGCAGUACCAGCCGCUGCGCCACAUCGAGGGCCUCACGCUCCGGUCCGCGCUCCGCAGCAACCCGCAGGCGUCCGCGCUGGCCGUGGCCGCGCUCCUCGUCCCGCUCGGCGGCGCGCUGCUCGGCCUCUCCGGCCUCGUCCUGCUGGGGACGCUCUCCGGCGUUGCCCUCGCGGUGCCCCUCGUCGUGGUCUUCAGCCCCGUGCUCGUGCCCGCCGCGCUCGGGGCGGCCCUCGCCGUGGCGGGCCUCGUCGCCGCCGGCGCUCUGGGCGUGUCGGGACUGUCGACGCUCGUCUGGAUCGCGGGGUACGUUCGGAGAGGCGGCGCCCGCGGCGACACCGGCGCGGUGGCCGGGAUGGUGGUGAAGCCUCUGGACAGCGGGAAGCGGCACGUCGAGGAAGGGGCGCCGCCGACGUUCGUCGGGCACCGGCUCCGAGACUCGGGGGCGGGCGGGUUGAGCAGCAAAGCGAAGGACGUCGCCAUCGCUUCUUAG